AUGCCGUACCAUUUACCGGUUCUGCUGAACCCCCUAGUGAACGCUGUGUUCAAUUGCCCGAAUCCUUCGACAUCUAACUUGAAGAAGCUAUUUGCUCUUAUCAAAGAGGAAAAAUUCAUUCUGCUAAUACCACCCAGCGAUAAGCUGUUGAAUUUCAAGGAUAAACUGACGGGAUUGCCUCUGCUGGAGCUUUGUUACAGCUUUGACUUCGUAGCAUCGCACGUUCUGCUGAUCAACGAGUCUAAUGGCGAAAACGGAGGAAUAUCACAUUUGAGCCAAGUGAAAUUUGACACUGUUAAUGGCAAAAAAGUUCUUGUGCGAUUGCAACAUCGUGUGGCCUUAACUUCUGAUGGGUUCCAGUUCAAAAAAAGAUGUAAGAUUACAGAUGUGAGCUUUAUUGCGAACUUCAAUGACUAUUUAUUGCCUUCGGAUCAGUUUCCAGUGAUAUACAUCGACGAGCCUUUGUGCGGGGAGUUGAUGGAGGCAAUUCCAUCCCAGCAGGAACUGAAAAAUGAGCGAACUAAGGAAGUCAAAGAUGUCAUACCACCUUCACUUGAGUUGUCGCAAGGAAAUAAAGUAUCUUUCGAGAAUAUGCUGAGGAUUCAUCCCGAUUGGACAAGCCGAUUCAACUCGCUAUUUGCGGAAUAUAGAAAUACACCGGAAAGAAAUGGCCCAGACGACGAAUUGUUCCAUGAUAUAGUACAUCGGAUAUACUCUACCAUGGGCCGUGAACCAGCGUUUAAAAAUCUGCCGGAUCUUUUCGAUUUGAUCUAUGAGUAUGUGGAGCUCAAUCUAUUCGAUGAUAUAUGGAUCAGGAUAACAUCACAUCUGAAAGAUAACGAAAUCAGCAUAGAGAACCUAGAGAACUUAUCCUUAAAUCAGCUUGAGACGGAGUUGUAUGCAGCCAGCUUCGAGAAUUUUCAGUUGAAGAAAAUAGUUGCCCUCGAGAAAGGGAUUGAACUGGCUAUGGCUUCUUUCAGUCGCAUUUCUUUGGCGCACAAACAUUCCGAGAAAUCGGAAGCUCUCAUUGAAACUCUUAGAAACUUAUCGAAUGGUGGCAGCGCAACCGAUUCCAGCCACGAUUCUCCCAUGGCAAUGGAUGCCGAUACGCUGCUGAGUUUGUUUGUUUUGGUUGUUUGCAGAACUCAAGUCAAAAAUCUCAAAGCGCACCUAUUCUACCUGCAACAUUUCGCCAGAAAUGAAUCCACUAUUAAGUAUGGCGUAUUAGGAUAUGCCAUUUCCACUUUAGAAGCGGUUGUGUGCCAUUUUGAAGACCUCAAAGGCACAGAAAGGUUAAAUGAACUUGUUAAACAGUGCCACACUAAUCGCGCUUUUGUUGCUGUGCUUUCGGCUAGCGAUGAAACACCGGUUGAUAUUGACCAUUACCAGGGAUCUUUGAGCUAUAGGACAGACCAAGGCGAAUCGGCGCUUUCUCUUUGUAUCACAAAUGGUAAAAACGGAGUUUUAAGGAAAUUACUGGAGCGCCAGCGAGAUUUUCCACUCGAAGAUAUUCUGAAUGAUGAGACAACCGACGGUUGUACCCUAUUGGUGCAAGCUCUUAGGUGUGGGAAUAGCGACGCCGCUAGAAUUGUUGUGGAUCUUUUAAUUUUGUCUUGCACUGAGCAAGAAUUGAUCACUUACUUCAAUCGGCCUGACAGACACAAGAGGAUCUCUGCGCAUUAUUUGACUCAUGAAGUGGAGAUUUUGCAAAAGAUUGGUAUUUUCAUCAACUGGGAUACCAAGGAUUCAAGCGGCCAUACUGCACUUUUCACAAUAUUCAGAAGUUAUGAUCAAGCAAAUUAUGAACAAAUGGUACGGGCAUCUUUCGAUUGCGCUGCUACUUGGUAUACGAGGAAUGGCAUAGUCUUUGAUUUCAAGGCCCAUGAAGACAGUAAGGGGAAUACCCUUUUGCAUAUCAUGAAGAAAGGUAUUUCUAUGCUUCUAAAAUUUGACGGAAUAGAUGUUAACGCUACGAAUAAAAAGGGGCUCACUCCCUUGAUGGUAUAUGCCAAGUACAAUAGAAUGGAUAAUAUUAAGGCUAUUCUCAAGGAUAACAGAGCUAUGAUAUGGAAAAUCCAACAACCAUUUCUUCUGGAUUCACUAUGUUACGCCAAGAAUCCCUUAAUUUUACAUGAAUUGGCGAAGCAUGCCGCUAAUCUCACUUUUGGGAAAUGUUUGGUGCAUACACUGAAGUAUGAGGCUCCAAGCUGGUUAAUCAGCGUUACAUCGCAGAUAAAACAAGACGGUCAGUUCCGAACGACGGAGCUUCACUUGAAAACGAUUCAAAACUUCUUUCGGACUUUCCAGAAAAUGAAUCCCAUGACUUUUAUUCCGUUGGAUUCCACACUGGAUCCGUUAUUAUCUAGCCUUGGAAAAACGAGACUAUCAACCAUCACAAAGUUGGAGACGAUGAUUCUUCUGCGAAAUAUUACAAACUGCAUCAGCGCUCUAAUUCACGUUGGAAACUUACCAGAUGAAAUACUAUCCAACGAAGCAACGCUACUUUCGUGGAUUAAAACUCAGGUGAAGGCCAGCAGAGAUGGAAGUGCUAGGCCUAUCUUUAAUAAAAAGGUUGAGCCAGAAGAAAUGAGUAUUAUACAAAGCUUUCUUCGUUUCAAUCAAGCGGAGUUAUCAGCGUUGAAGACAAAGUUACAGGUUAUGAAGAAGCUUGCUAUUUUUCUGCGGUUAAAAGCGACAGACGUCGUGGAAUCAAAUAAGCUCCUCUUUUCGCAGGCUGCGAGGACAAUAGAAAGUUUUGCUUUGCUGUCCACUGAAAAACAGGUAAAUUGCAGAGUUUACGGUGAUGGACCGAUGGUUAUUCUCGCAGAAGAGAUCAAUUUUCUACUUCAAUGCACCCUCCGGCUUCACGGUCAUAUUUCCAACUUAUUACAGGUGAGGAUACCUGACUGGUGGAAAUCAUACGGGGAAUUACUGAGCUUACAUAAACAGUACGCUCAAAACUUUCCUCAAUUGGUGAAAGAAGAUAACUCCUCUAUGGACAGUGGAAUUUUAGGAAGGCUUCUCGAGGGCAAGAGGGAAAAAUUAGAGAAGCGACUGUCUUUUAGUAUUGCGGAAACUAGGCGAAACAUGAAUCAAGCUGGCGCUGAUAUUGCCCGCCUUCACGAAGACUUAGCAGAACAGUUGAACAAGUUUAUGGAAUACAAAGGAGCAUUCUUUUGCCGCAGUGUGAUAAAGAAAUGGACCACAGAAAACAUAUUAACAUUAAAAGACCAAUUGCUCCAUCUCGAGAGAGAUUCUUGA